UACCAUAAAGCCUUGCUGAUCAACAAGUAGAACGCAGAUACUGUAAAGCUUUUUGUGAAUUUUAAAAUGCAAAAUAAAGCAACCAUGUCUGAAUAAAAACACACACACACACAAGUACUCUGAGGCCAUGUUCAAACUCAAUAGAUAAGUGUAUCAUAAGUUAUGAUGAAGUGUCUGGGCCAGGGCAAGGGCACUAGGUGUGACAAAAAUAUUCUGAGGACUGAGGUUUUCCAGCCUGUUCUGAAGAGGUAGGAGGCCUGGGGCAGAGAGUGGAACAGAAUAUGGGCUCAGACAACUCAUAUAAUUCAUAGAACACUAAUUUUCAAACACUUUCAUUCUCCCCACCACCCCCCCAGAAUUAGCCAAAGAAGAAGCAAAUACUCUACUAAUGCAAGGUGCAACAAUCUUACCUCUCCAGGUUUUUUUUUUUUGGUUGUUUAUUUUGUUUUUUUCUUGGUAGUUUUUGGCCGGGGCUGGGUUUGAAACCACAACCUCUGACUUGUGAGGCCAACGCCCUACACCUUUGAGCCACAGGCACGGCCCCCACUUUUCUAUUUUGAGACAGAGUCUCACUUUCUCACCCUCGAGUGCCUUGACAUCAUAGCUCACAGCUACCUCAAAUUCUUGGGCUCAAACAAUCCUCUUGCCUCAGCCUCCUGGGUAACUUGGACUGCAGGCGCCUGCCACUAUGCCCAGCUGGUUUUUCUAUUUUUAGUAGAGAAAGGUCUUGCUCUUGCUCACGUUGGUCUUGAAAUAUUGAGCUCAAACAAUCCACCUACCUUGGCCUCCCAGAGUGCUGGAAUUACAGGUGUGAGCCACUAUGCCAGGCCUAGCAACCUUAAAUCUUGAGCUCAAGCUAUCCUCUUGCUUCAGCCUCCCAAGGAGCAGAGACUACAGAUACCCACCUCAACAUCUGGCUAUCUUUAGAGAUGGGGGUCUUGCUCUUGCUCAGGCUGGUCUCAAAUCCUGAGCUCAGGCAAUCUACCCACCUCGGUGUCCCAGAGUGCUAGGAUUACAGGCAUGAGCCAAUGCACCCAGCCUCUCCAGGAGUUUAGAAAAGCAUCUAGCUGAGUCAGAUGUUUUCAUGAGUACCAAUUAUACCAAGUAACUCUAAGCUUAUUUCCCUAGAACACAGAGAGCUGCUGCUAGUCCAUAAAGCACCUUUGUGUGAUUUAGAAAAAGACACUCUUACAAUACUGCCUCAGACAGUGAUGAACAGAACAUGGGUGGGACAUCAGCUCCCUUUCAUUUCUCUAAUUCAGGUGCCUUUGUGUGGUGAACAACAGGACAGCUGUGAGACUCAUGAUGCUAAACUGGUUUAAUUUGGGUGGGGGGUCAAAUUCUCAUACCUCAACACUGAUUUUAAAAACCAAGAGGACUGGCUCGGUGCCUGUAGCUCAGCAGCUAAGGCGCCAGCCACAUACAGCAGAGCUGGCGAGUCGGAUUCAAGCCCAGGCCUGCCAAACAACAAUGACAACUACAAUCAAAAAACAGCUGAGCAUUGUGGUGAGAGGCCUGGAGUCCCAGCUUCUUGAGAGGCUGAGGCCAGAGAAUCGCUGAAGCCCAAAAGUUGGAGGUUGUUGUGAGCUGUGACGCCACGCCCUCUAGCCAGGGCAACUCAAUGAGACACUGCCUCAAAACAAAACAAAACGCUUCCUGAAACCGGGUGCUUUGUGAGGUCAUCGUGCGCGCCGGAAGUGCCUGUUGCCUGGGAUAGCCUUGGGCAGUGGCCGACCAGUCUCUGGGCGGCCUGGAGUCAUGGAUUCCGGGCGGCCUGGACUCAUCAAGGCUUAUAGAAGAGAUGAAAUGUGGUCGGAGGGACGAUUUGACUAUGAAAUCUCUCCUUUCAAGAGAACCAGUCAGUCUUUCCAUCAGUCUCAGCGUACGAAGUCCAGGCGUGCUGAUGUCUCCUACAAACGGCAGCAUGAAAGAAAGCCACAAACAGAUAAGGAGAGGCCUCUACGAUCUUUGAAAACAUCAAGAGAUACUUCACCCUGGUUUUAUUCCGCAGUUUCGUCAUCCGAGGUGUUAGCCAAACCUCGUAGGCUAACUGAAAAAGAACUUGCUGAGGCUGCAAGAAAGUGGGCUGCUGAAAAGCGAGAGAAGUCAGAUGACAGUAACUUGCCUGAAAUUUAUGAGUAUGAAGCGGAAUCCACGGCACCACCGUUCAUUUACCAGCCACAAGAACCUGAGGCCAAUGCAGCAUAUGGCAUAGAGUUCUAUGAAGACGCGCUAACCCGUCGCUCUAAAGCAAUAGCAUUAAAAGCCAAAGAGAUUGAACAGGCUUACCGACAAGACUGUGAAACUUUCUGGAGGGUAGUGAAAAUGCUGAUUGAAAAAGAUCCUUCAUUAGAAAAGCCUAUACAGUUUGCGCUGAGGCAGAAUUUACAUGAAAUAGGUGAGCAACAUUUUGAAGAACUGAACCAUUUCAUUGCAGAGUACGAUACUUCAACUCAAGAAUUUGGAGAGCCUUUUUAG